AGUAAGGGAGAGAUUUGAGGAGGGACUGAGUCAGAGAGGAGGUGAAGCGGCUCGGCUCGUUUAGGCUGUUCUGCGGUUUUAGGUCGGGGUUUGAUGUUUUAGAGACAGUUUGUUCCAGUUGGUUUUCUGCUCCAGCGCGAAAUGGGGAAGAAGAAAGAAGAGCCGAGCUCGGAGUACGGUGAUCCAGCCCAAUAUGACCCCACAUUCAAUGGACCGAUUCAUAAUAGGAGCUGCACUGAUAUCAUCUGCUGUGUGCUCUUCAUGCUGGUCAUCACGGGGUACAUGGUGGUAGGAAUUCUGGCGUGGCUGUAUGGAGACCCCCGCCAUGUGCUGUACCCCCGAAACUCCACCGGCAUGUACUGUGGAGUCUCACCCAACCACGAUAAGCCAAAUGUUUUUUAUUUUAAUAUUCUCCAAUGUGCCACUGCUACCAACAUCAUGGCUGCAGCGCUGCAGGGUCUGCAGUGUCCCACCACUCAGAUCUGUGUAAAGUCAUGUCCAUCAAACUUCUGGGUCCUGAAUCCUAUAGCGUAUCAACCACAUGCAGAUUUAUCCCAGUAUUUUAAUCAGGAUCUUUGUGUUCCCUGGCUCGACCUCAGCACAACCAAACUUACAGCUUCAGAGAUCAUUGCGAAGGAGUAUUGUCCAUACUUCUACACCCCUACUACCUCAGUUUUGGGAAGAUGUUUGCCAAGUUUAGGAACGUCGUCAUACGAUAACAUUCCGUCUAACUUCACACUUCCCGGCCUGACUAUGAAUCAGACUGUGAACAUGCUCAAGAACUCCACAAGUGAUGUGCUGAAUGGCUUUAACGCGAGAGAUGUAGGUGUGAGGAUCUUUGCUGACUUCGCCUCGACGUGGCAGUGGAUCGUACUUGGGUUGGUGAUUGCUAUGUUGGCCAGUCUGCUGUUCCUCCUGCUGUUGCGGUUCUUGGCGGGUAUCCUAGUGUGGGUUCUGAUUAUUGGGGUUCUGGCGGUGGGAGCGUUCGGUAUUUGGUACUGUUAUAAUGAGUACAUGUUGCUGGCCAACUCCACUCUGACCUACAAUAACGUUGGCUUCACCACCAACGUCAAUGUUUACCUGCAGAUCAGGGACACCUGGCUGGCCUUCUUGAUCAUUCUGAGUGUGGUUGAAGGAGUUUUGUUGUUGGUUCUGAUUUUCCUGAGGACCAGAAUCCUCAUAGCGAUCGCCCUCAUUCAGGAGUCCAGCAAGGCGGUGGGCUACAUGAUGUCAACGCUGUGUUAUCCAAUCGUGACCUUUGUGAUGCUCCUUGUGUGUGUUUGCUAUUGGGGAAUCACUGCCCUAUAUCUGGCCACAUCUGGAGCUCCAGUGUACAACGUUGUGGCUCUGAACACGUCUCAGGGAGACUGCAGCAGCAUCGCCGGCAACCAGACCUGCGACCCACUGGCCUUCAACGGUACCCUGUACCCCACCUGCCCCUCGGCUCGCUGUGUGUUCAUAAAGUACAACACUGAAGGCCUGUUCCAGAGGAACAUCUUUAACCUGCAGAUUUAUAACGUGAUCGCCUUCCUCUGGUGUGUGAACUUCGUCAUCGCUCUGGGUCACUGCACGCUGGCCGGAGCCUUCGCCUCCUACUACUGGGCCUUCCACAAACCUGCAGAUAUCCCAGCAUGCCCUCUGGUCUCCUCCUUCAUGAGAGCACUGCGGUAUCAUGUGGGUUCUCUGGCGUUUGGUGCUCUAAUUCUGACUAUUAUCCAGCUGGUCCGCAUCAUUCUUGAAUACAUCGACCACAAGUGCAGAGCUGCUCAGAACCCCUGUGCUCGGUUCCUGAUGUGUUGUCUGAAGUGCUGUUUCUGGUGUCUGGAGAAGUUCAUCAAGUUCCUCAACAGAAACGCCUACAUCAUGAUCGCAAUAUACGGGAAAAACUUCUGCGUCUCAGCCAAAAACGCCUUCCUGCUGCUCAUGAGGAACAUUCUGAGGGUGGUGGUUCUAGAUAAAGUAACAGAUCUGCUGCUGUUCUUUGGGAAGCUGCUGGUGGUCGGCGGAAUCGGUGUGCUGGCGUUCUUCUUCUUCUCUGGUAAAAUCCAGGUUCCAGGUUCGCUGUUUCAGGCCUCAGCCUUAAACUACUACUGGAUGCCCAUCAUAACGGUGGUGGUGGGAGCGUAUCUGAUCGCUCACGGAUUCUUCAGCGUCUACAACAUGUGUGUGGACACACUCUUCCUCUGUUUCUUGGAAGAUCUGGAGAGAAACGACGGCAGUGCUGAGAAACCGUACUACAUGUCCAAGAGCCUGAUGAAGAUCCUCAACAAAAAGAACAAACAGCCAAAGAAGUGACCAACGACAGUGAGAUGAAGACCAUGUUGUUGGACGAUGAAGACGACUCCCCGCCCCCACGACUUCCCCUUCUUUCAUUUUAUAUUUCUCUUCGAGAGCACAGUCACUUUCUUCUCAGCAGAAUCUCAGAUCAAAGUCUCAAACGUCCUCCAAUCUUUUUUUGUUACCAAACUGGAAGAAAUCUAUGUAACGUCGACC